AACGAACAAACAAGCAGAGAGUCAGAGACGCAGACAGGCUUGAGUGGAGGGGAAGGUACGUGGUGGUGGCACGCGCCUUUUCUCCUCGAUCCGGGCCGGCCGGGUUGAUCGUUGAUCGAUCGAUCGACAUGGACGUGCACUCGGCGCCGGUGGCGGCGAGGAGGAUGUGGGGCUACCUGCGGGCGGUCUUCUUCAUGAUGCGCAAGGGCAAGCGCAAGCUGCUCCUCGGCGCGCACCUCCUCAUCAAGCGCCGCAACAAGGCCGUCUCCCGCUCCGUCGCCAGCCUCCUCUCCCACCACCACGCCGGCGGCCGCGCGCUGCGCCGCCGCGAGUACGAGUUCUCCUGCAGCGACAGCCCCGACCCGGGCUCCUUCUCCAUGCGCCGCCUCGCCUUCCCCUGCCUCGGCGCCGCCGACGACGACGUGGACCUGCCCGGCCGCCUCCACGCCGCGCCCGCCACGCCGCCGCGGCACCUGAUCGAGUACUACGCCCACGCGGCGGCCGCGGCGUCCCCCGGGACGUCCUCGCCCGGGGCGCUGAUGGCGCGCGAGGAGUCGGAGCUCGCGCUGGGGGACGACGAGGAAUGCACGCCGGCGGGGAUGUCGCCGCUGGUGCCCGGCGCGGCCGACGGCGGGUUCUCGGUGCGGGUGUCCAACUUCUCGACGGACGAGGUCGACGGCGACCAGCUGGGCCUAGGCGAGGCCGUGGACGACGAGGCGGAGGAGUUCAUCGCCCGCUUCUACGCCCAGCUGCGCCGCCAGAACCACGUCGGGCUGCUCCCGUACCACCUCCAGGAAGCCGCCGCGUGAACGACCAGCCGAUCCAUGAAGCUACCUAGCUACGUACGACGGCAUUGUCCGGCCGGGCCUGCCGGCGAUCGAUUCCAUGCUUGCUUGGCCGGGCGACCGCGCAUAGCCAGUCCAUGCGUGUGGCGGGGGAGAGGAAUACGUCGUGUGCACGAAUGCGUAGCAGCUCCGUUCCAUCAUGUAUAUACAUGCACGUACGAUUGCCCAUGCGUGACAGCGUGGGCAUGCAUGUACUCCCUUCUUUUUCUGCAUGUACUAUGUACUAGUGUUAUGUCAGUGUAAAGAUGUGGGUCGAUCGGGUCCCGGAUGGUUUUUAGUCGCUGGGGCUAAUUAUUAAGUGUGCCUUGCAUACAGUGUAUAUUCCUUGUAUUGUAUGUGGUUACUUGAUCAAUUCAUAUGUACCAUCAUUUUAUA